CGAGCGCCAGUCGCUUGGAGUGAGAGGCAGGCGGUUGACGUCGACGCCUGCGCGCCCCAAGCCUCAUUAUCGACGCGCGCGCAUAUACCAACAUUCUAAAACCAAACAUACUAUUCUCCCACAAUUUUCUGAAACAAAGUGACAAACUCCGAAUUGAUUUUCAAGAAGUGUGUUUCUGUGACAGACUUUCCCUGUGUGUUUACAAUUUCCAUUUGAAUUUUUCUCUUUGACACACAUAUGACGUGUAACGGUGUGGAGAUCUGACGAUCCAUCGACUCGCUAAAAAUCUGUGUGUUUUGUGUGUCUCGGAACAUUGUGCCGGAAUUUUUAACGGAAUUGCCUUAGCGGAGACACUUCCGAGAGUGGCGUAUACAAUUAUCCAGAUAUUUUAAGAGCAAUGUCUCGGUGGAAGGGUAAAGUGAGGUAGCUGGCAGAUGGCAGCAGUCAGCGCGGCGAUGUUUCGGCCUGGGGGCGCGCUCGACCCCCCAUGUUACGGUCAACGGAUUUACGAAACACCUGAAAAUUCACGUCCGAAAAAAUGGUCGUCGAAACUGAAACUGAAUACUUCGGGAAGUUCCAAAUCUUCUGAAAAAUCUCCUGAAAGUCCAUACAUGUAUGGAACUAUAAGUGGACAAGGUGGCUCAGCACUGUCGAAAUCCAUGAAGUACGCAGAAACGUGGCUCUAUGGGUCCGUAAGGACCCAGACACCCACGGGGAGGCCGAGUGUCUUCUCAGCAUAUCCGGAAGUUCCCGGUCCAGUCUUAAUAAGUACUCCUCAAAAACCAACUCCUCAUAAUUAUGCUGUUAUACUAUGUUCCUGUCCUGAAUACCUUAAUGGUACGAAGAAAACCAGCUCAACCAAAGUCAGUAUAUGUAAGAAAUGCAAAGGAUCUCGUUUGCCACUAACUAUAACAGAAAGUCCACGAUUAUUAGUAGGUGGAACUGUACGUGGUCCUCAAGUUAGCCGUGACGCUGGUGGCUUAUUAAGAGCUGGUACUGUACGAGUUCAAAGCACAAAAUCUAGGCCUAGUAUUCUGAAGCCCAGUGGUGAUAAUGAUCCAUACGACUUAAUGCGUAGGAGUAGAUUAGCUCCUCCACAUGAGACUCGUAUCGGAAGUCAGUUUUCAACAACAAGAUCACGUGCAAAGAGCAUAAGCCCCUGUCGUAUCAAAACUAAACAACCAAGUCCAGAAACUCUUAACAAAAGUAGAAGUAAGUCAGUGAGCAGAGUUAAUGAACUAUGGAUUGAUGAAGAUAAUUCAACAGAUAAAAAGAAAUCUAUUUUAUCUUGCGAUAUAAAUCCCUAUGAGUUGGUCAAAACUAGUAGGAGUUCAAAAUCUAUGGUAGAAAUUGAGUUUGAUGAUGACUACGGUGACGUUUUUCAAGAUUCUAAAUCUAGAUCUUCAAAUAAGUCCAAAUCUGAUACAAAUGUAAAAGCAAUAAGCGGACAAAGAAUUCGUGUAUCUACUGAGCUGAAAAAUAAUAGUAUAGAAGAAGUGUCUGUAUAUGAUUCUGUCAAUUAUGAUCUCAAAAGUUAUGACUUCAAAUCUACUGAUAUGUCUUCAGCAUUAUCUUUACCAAACAUUAAAAAUGAAAAUAGUAAAUUAGGGUCAUUAAGUAAGAGUAAUAAUAAAAAAGUAGUAAGUAUAUCAACGUCAAAUCGGGUUAAGCAGAAGAGUGUUUCACCGAAAAGACCACCGAGAAGAAUAAGACAUAACAAAACAGACGAUGACAGUGAAAGUGAUAAUCAACGUCUACCUGAAAGAAACUUUAAUAAAAAGCCCACCAGUGAAUAUUCACGCAGUCCUAAAUAUAAAAAUCAUAAUACUGAUACAAUUAAAUCAAUUCUUAAAAAACCAAGAAACUAUGAAAUCAAUGACUCUAAGAAUAAAGUUGAAGUUCCUGAAGACUCAGUCGAGAUAAAGCGUAAUAAUUUAUCGCAGUUUUACCUACCUAAACCUAAAGACAAAAACUUAAACUCAUCUCAAAAUAUAUAUCAAAGAAAAAGAGUUCAAUUCUUGGUUGAAAAAGAAGAAACUAAAGUAAUAUAUACAGCAGACCUUAACUUACAUGACAAUAUUUUAGAAGAUGAAAAACCAAGUAUUGUUAUUGAGGCGGAAGAAGAAGUUAUAGCAGAAGGUGACGUUGUGAGUCACAGUUUAGAAGCAGCAGAAAAUAAUAUGUCUUAUUCGAAUUCAAAUGAAAGCAAUGAUCUCCAAAAUGAAUCAGAAUUGUAUGAAGAUAUGCAAAUUAAUUUAGAGUUAAAGAAAAUUGCAACUGAAAUUAUAAAAAUGGAUUCUAAUAAUUCUGCAAACGUGGAAGCUGAAAGUACCUCUACAAACAUUGAAGAUAACAACGUACCUAAAAUUCCAGUCUUACGCCGCUCAGAAUCAGAAAGGUUAGCGUCAGCGAUAUCUAUUUCUCCUCCAAAGUUUUUAGAUACUAUGGCUCUUCGGUCAAAAACAAAACACGGUCAUACUAGUCAAGUUUUCUUGGAAUUUGUUAAUGAAAUAGAGUCAAUGUCACAACAAAAAUGCAACAAUCUUGAGGAGUCUAAUAUGAAAUCAAAUGUUGAGGACGUUCAAGAAACUCCAAAUAAAAAUGAUAUCGACAUUGGAAACUUGAGUGAUAGUAGUGAAAUAACAAGUAAAGUACUAAAAAACCUACGUCAUGGUAUAACAGGUUCACCAGAACCACCACCAAGAUUAAAAUUAAAAUCAAAGAAACACAACUAUGUUAAAACUAGAUUUGUACGUAGUAACUCAACAAGUUCUACAAGUGAUGAAUGGUCGGAUACAAAUGACAAUGAGCAAAAAACCGUGUUAAGGGUUAAACAAUUUGACUCUGAUGAGUUUGAUGAACAAAGAGAUAGAAAAGAAUUCUAUAAAACAAAUGAAAUUGAACCUAGGAAAACCUCGAUACAAAUCAAUGGCAACGAAUGCUAUUCUACUAUGAAUGUAAGGGGUGAUACGCCGAUAUACCUCUCAUCAGUUGUUGUAAAUGACGACUACAGUAAUCCAUGUAAUACAUAUCAAUCAGGAACUACUGUUACCAUAAGUGUUGGGACGCCAGAAACCGAACUUAAAAAAUCAAAAAGUCAAAUAUACAUUGGAGCAGAAUUUCCAAGACAGCAAAAAUUAGAAGAAUCAAAUACAUAUGAAGACUAUUGCAAUGAUACAUACAAAAACCAAUAUGUAGAAUCGAUUCAUAACAAUGACAUUACUUCAAUUCUAAAUGAUCCAGUUGAAGCUGUAAGAAGAAAUCUUAUACCCCAUGUUUGUGGAAAAAUAGAUGACAAAGAUAUCAUAAGAAAUAAAAAAGAUAUGUCAGAUGAAAAUAAAUCAAGUGAAAGUGGUAAUUAUAUCACUAAACUCUUUGAUGAUCCAUUCUUUUCACAUUUAGCGGAAGGACUUGAUUCAGAACUUGUUAAAAAGUUAAUAGAAAAUUCAUUAAUUAAACUUCAAGAGACAAAACAUCAAGAAGGGGCGGAAGGCAGCAAAGCAACCAUAGAAAAACUUAUAGAGAGUUCUCUCAUAAGCUUGAAAGAAGAAGUUCAAAAAGAAAACAAUCAAAACGAUAGUAAAUUAGUUAAAGUUUCAAAAGCUUCAGAAGAUAUUAGUGAACAUAAUACAAACGAUUGUUUAGAACACAAUGAUAAUUGCUGCUCUGCUCCUUAUGAAAGUAUGGAAUACGAAAGUGGAGUCAUGGGAGUUUUUUCAGAUCUCGAACCAAUGUCGGACUGUUAUAAUGCGUCAGCAAGUGAAUUAUCAACAGAGGAUGAUACUAACUCUACGAGAUCAAAGUUUUAUCAAAUGUUAGUUGAUGCUGCGAUUUGUGAUAUUGAAACAACUAAUACAGAUGACGAUCAUCUCUAUGAAUCAAUUCGCUUAAAUAGUGAUCCAAUAUAUGAAGAAAUCGGAGAUAUGCCUCCACCUUUACCAGUAAAUCCACCUCCUAAUUCCUUAUUAUUAUUAGAUGAUGAAAAACGGAGUGGUUCUCGAUCUAUAUUUGAAGGCGCAUCUAAAUAUGAUAUACUUUCUUACUUAGUUGAUGCCAAAGAAAGAGGAAUUGAUGAUGAAGAAACCUAUAUAACAAACUAUGACAAUGAAGGAGAUAACUCAACUUUAUUGGAUGAGUCAAAAGAAAAACAAGAUGUAAUUAAAUCAAAACUUAUUAGUAGUAAUACCAGCCAGCUAUCCAAUGCAUCAGAUUCAAGUGAAGAUAACUCAUUAGUUAUUAACCAAGAUAGUAUUGAAAAAGCUCUGGUAUGUAAAAAGCCUUCAACGGAAAUAGAGAGGAAUGAUUCUGGAGUUGGAUCUGAAACAAGUAAGACUUCAAGGAGUAGGCUUCAAGGAAAAAUUACUCCAAAUAAUAUUAUGAGUGACAAAGAUGCUCCAAUUCAUUUAUGCGAAGAUUGUGAUACCGCAGUUGAUUCUCAAGUUACAGAGCAAGGUUCGGUUUAUGCUCCGUUAGUAUGCCGAAAAUGUUCAAAAAGAAGAACAGAAAGGAAAGAAAUAAUAACAGAAAUUGUUGAAACUGAAGAGAAAUAUGGUCGUGAUCUACAAAUUAUUCUUGAAGAGUUCUAUAAGCCAAUGCUAGUGGCUGGUCUACUUACACAGGAGCAAUUAAGUGCUAUAUUUUUAAAUGUUGAAGAAUUAAUAGAUAAUAAUCAAGUUUUAUCUGAAAAAUUGAGAGAUGGUCUCGAAAUUGCAGUUGAACAAGGAGAUGAGGACUUACUGACGGUUAACGUUGGCAAGAUUCUCUUGGAGUGCUCUGGUAUGCUGACAGCCUUUCAGUCAUAUUGUGUUAAACAAGCAGGCGCCGCAUUGCUUUUAGCCGGUUUGGAGAAGGAGAAGGAACUCCUGAGGAUAUUCUUGCGCGUCUCACAAAUGGAAAAUGCGGUUCUGAGAAGGAUGAAUCUUAACUCGUUCCUCAUGGUGCCGGUUCAACGCGUGACAAAAUAUCCCCUCCUUCUUUCGCGGCUGUACCGUGCUACACCGACUUGCGCAUCAGAAAGGGAAGAAGUGAAAGCUGCUCAACGUUGCGUUGAAUCCAGACUUGAAGAGAUCAACGCUGCAGCUGCCGCCGCCGCCGCCGCUGCAAGAGAUGUGCCAUUGUGGAGAAGACUUGCUGCUGCAAGGCGGACGGCGCAUGAUCUGCACGUCGCUGACAUCAGGUUGAGAAAGAUGGCAGUUGAUGUGCUGGAUUGGAAUCAUGAUGAUGCUAGGUUUGCAAUGGAAGGCAAGUUGCUGUUUACACAACCCAACGACAACAACUGGCGCAAGGGUCGUACGAUCAAACUGAUGUCGAUCAACGCACUUUUGGUUACUAACGGAAAGCCAACGAUCGCUCACAAAACGAACGAAAUACGGGAGACGAGAGAAGCAAGAGAUCGAGAGGCAAGAGAAAGAGAGGGGGAGGCUCUUUUCGCACGCAGUGGAGUGAGAGAGGCCGCUCUCCUCCUUGUGAGGGAGAAGGCAGGGAGAUACACGUUGCAGAGGGAGCCGCUUUUCCUCGAUCGCUGUGUGGUCGCUGCGGAUCACGAGCCUGAACAUUUCUUUGAGGUCCACGAGAUUACGACUAAGGAUUCUUUUAUUUUUAAGGCAGAAGAGAGUGCGCGCACACGCAUCUGGUACCGACAGAUCCAGUACCACGCCCAAGGCGCAGGCGCAUGGCGGAAACGACGCAACGCGCUCGCUAACAUCAUGAUCAACCCUAUGCUUACUAGAAACUAGUUAAUAAAGAAAAUAUAUGUAGAUCGAAGUUUACUCCCUACCAACGAUUGACAUAAAAUAUACUCGGAGGCACAAUUGUUCGCUCCGCCCAUUUUAAUAAGACGCUACUAUAUUGAAGUGGGCGGAUAUUCCUCAGAGUAUAUAUAUUUAGAAUAAGAGAAUGGAGAAAUAGACGUAUCAGAAAUAACAUAACUGAUUCAUUUUUACUUGGCACUUACGUAUAUUUACAAAUUGUGAUAUGUGUUUAUUAGUACGAUGUCACGUAUUUGCUUCAAAUACACAAACACAAGGCACCAGAUAAUAAAUACGUCCAUAUUGUAAUUAAAGUACUUAUUUAAUAUUAUCGGUGUACUGUUUAAACUUCAAUUAAGUUAAAAUAAUAUAUAUGAAUAUUCCAAUUAGGUUUUCAAUUAAAGUGCUCAGCUAACUUAACUUAGCUAAGAGAUACAAUUACAUUUUUUAAUACACCAUCAUAAUAUGAAAAAUGUUAAGUAGUGGAAACUGUAUAUAACUGGAAACUGAACUUGCAACGAAUGUUUUAAGAAGUAUGCAGGUCGGUAGUAUACUUAAAUUCUCAGAUCAUCUUUUCUUUACUUUAAAAAUAAUGUGUACUUUUUUUGCGAAAAAUUGUACACUAGUUGUAACUCAGAUAAUCUUUUUUUUAGUUUCCAAUAACUUUUAAUAUACUGCUUGUGUAUGAAAGAUUAUGAUAAACAGUUAACACAAACGAAAUGCGUAAAUGAUUAAUUGCAAAGUAAAAAUGAUUUAGUUAUUUAUAUUCUAUCUAAUCGCUCUUAAACUUUUACGAUAUUUUUAUUUUUUAAUAUCCUGACACUUUUAAAAUAUUAUAUAAUAUUUUGAACAUUCCGUAGUUGCUAUUAUUACUUAUUGUAUAUAAGAAAAAAAGUUUGCCACUAGUUUAGACUUAGCUUAUACCAAAAUGUAGUUAUUUUAAAGAUAAAAUUUUGCGAGCUGCCUUUUAACUUUUAAAUUAAGACUUUUAUAUUAUCAAAAUGCUAAAAAAACAAUAAAGCUUUUUUUAUAUUAACAUGUAAAUAGUUAACUAUAAUAGCUGUGAUAUCCCGACUUUUAAAAUCGAAAAAUGCAUUGUAUUUUUUUUUGAGUUCUUUAAUUACGUAUAGUUAACUGAAAAAUUGUAAUAGGGUCGUAAUAACUUCCUGACUAGUCUUUAAGGAAAAUGGAGUAAAUUGGUAAUUUAUAAGUAAAUAUAAAACCUGGAUUGUAUUUAUUGUAUGUAUUUUUAAAUAAUAAAAUAUAGUUUAUAAAAAUGCUAUGUAAAUGUAGAAUUCUUUCGUCUUUAAAAGUUAUUGUUUGUUAAUUUUUAGGGAAGACAAGGAAAAUAAAUUAAUUAAUGAAAAAAAAAAA